AUGUCAGACUUAGGUAGAAAAGACUUUUCCGACAAAGUUGAAGAGAAAUUGACCCCACAAAGCGAAAAAUCCACCUUGGAGAAGGGUAAGGAGUCUGUCACUGACGCUUUGGACACCGCUGGCCGUAAGGUUGAACCAAACCAAGAAAAGUCAUUCACACAAAAGGUUGCUGACGGCUUCUCUGAAGGCAGAGAAGAUGCUUCUAAUGUCGCAAAGAAGAAUGCCAAUGCUGCUCAAGGUGAAGGCCAAUCACUCACUGAGACUGCUCAAGAAUACGUUGAAGCCGCUAAGGAGAAGCUUACCGAAGCUGCUGAGUACGUUUCAAACGCUGUUGGCGGUGCCACUGAAGGUGCCAAAGCUGGUACUGAAGAAACCAAAAAGUAA